GCCGUCUGUGCUGAAAACACAUUCAGACGAUGGCGAGUGCGAAGUGCUGCAGCGAAGGCCCCUCUAAAGAAGGAGGUCCUCCUGGCAUCCCUCGUCUUUCAGCAGGACCGGAAGAGAAGGGAAGCAGUGUGAAAACUAAGACUGUCUCUUCCAGCACCGCGUCAGGGGACGGUCUGCGAAAGCGGUCUGCUGACGAGAUCGGCCUAGAAGAUGAGUCUAAAAGCAAGCCAGCACCCCCUAAAAUAUCCAAACCGGGGUUUAGUAUGAUUGCAAAGAAACCUACGCCAAUCUCCAUCAAGCUAGGAGCAAGUAAACCUAAAGAGCCCACACCUGCCUUACCUGCCAAGAAAGCUGGACUUGCAUCUGUUUUUAAUGAGGAUGAUGAUAGCGAGCCUGAAGAAAUGCCACCUGAGGCAAAGAUGAGAAUGAAGAAUAUUGGAAGAGAAACACCUACAUCAGCUGGACCCAAUUCCUUCAACAAAGGAAAGCAGGGAUUUUCAGACCAUCAGAAACUAUGGGAGAGGAAGCUUAAAGCCCAGUCAGAUCAGUAGUGUCUAGUUGCUUGCUUGCUUUUUGGCACUGAAAUAUUUGCCCUUUUUUCUCUUCCUUUGAUGAGCAUUGUACAAAUGUAUAUAUGUAAUGAAUGUUUACGCUAUAAAGCAUCUUUUUAUUGUAGCUACAUUGGUGUGUUCCUGUGUAAGAUGCAAACCACAACAGAGAAAAUGAGAAUAAUCUUUAUCGCUGUACAAUAUGGUAUGAGCCACACCACCCCCUGUUAUCAUUUGCUUAUAGUUUAGUUGUUCUCCAGAGAAGGAAUGUAGUGGUCCAGUCAUUGUCCAGGAUUGUUUCAUCAAGACACUGUAGUUUAUAAAGUCACUAAUAAAUAGAUGUGGUGUCCCUUUGAAGACUUUUUAUGUUUUAAUCAGUGUGGUAGUCUCCUGUUUAAACAACAUGAAUGUAAGUAAAUUACAUCAUUUUAAUUUUUAGUUCAACAGUCUUUUUUAAAGUCACUAUGUAAAGGGUGUAGUGACUUAUUUCUGUAUUGUACAUCCGAGUGAAGCAGGUUAUUGUGCGUAGGGAGGGUUUGGUACAAUCCAGGUAGUUGAUUGAAUGGAGACAGAACUAAAUUUGAGCUUGCAGAUCAUUGUAACAAAGUGGCGGGUUUAAAACUAAACAGAUGAAUGGUUGGAAAGGUUCGGAGAAAAUAGAUAAGUGAGUUUAAGUGAGUUUUGUAUUCUCAAUUUCAGAAAGAUAGUAAGAUCAGUUAUAACACAAGCAAAGAAAUGGUAAUCUAGAGAUUACAAUAACUUUACACUGUUUUUAAAACUUUGGUCAACAAUUGCAUUAAACUCCACUUGUGAUUGCCUUUA